AUGCCGUCGCGGCUCAAGUUCAACACGCAGGAGCGGCGCGACUGGAGGGCCGAGGCAGUGGGAACGCGCGGAGGCGAGGAGCUCUACGACUUCGAGGCCGCGAUCAAGGGCUUCGUGUCGCGCGCGGGCGGCGGCGCGCUCGUCGGGCUCCGCGACCGGGGCAAGCGGUCCCUGCUCUGGCACGCGGUCGAUCUCGGCGACGCGAACGCGGUCGAGGUGCUGAUCGAGCACGGCGCGGCCCACAGCCACGACCCCAUCAGCGACCGCCACUCGCCCUGGGUCCUCGCGCGGCGCCUCGGCGAGACGGCGAUCCACGAGGCGCUGACGAACUACCUCGACCCGGCGCUCAACGACGAGAUCCUCGAGGACAUCCUCGCGAAGGACGACGCGGAGCUCGAGAAGGCGAAGCGCAUGAAGGAGCAGCGGGGGACCCUCGCGGGCUUCGCGUCGGCCAUCGUCGUCUUCGUGACCUGCGGCCAGGCGGGCUGCGGCAUGGACGCGGGCGGCGAGGAGUGGGAGGAGGAGAACAAGCCCAAGGACAAGCUCGCCAACGUCCUGUCCCUCUAA